AUGCAGGGAGACCCCGGGUACGGGUACGGUGGCUACGGCGCCGGCGGGUACGGUGGCUACGGUGCCGGCGCCGGCGCUGGAGGCUACAGCUACGACAUUGCCGCCAACGGCGGCGGAGGCGGCGGCUACUACUCGGCGACCGACCGGUACCCUGCCGCGCCUGCUGCUGCCUAUGAGGACCCGCUCGCUGGUCAGAGGCAGCACGACUUCCCGGCGCCGCUCACGGGGCUGGAGUUCCAGCCGUCGGACACCUGCCCCAAGAACUACGUCAUCUUCGACCAGACGUACGACCGGAGCCGGGUGAUGUUCCACCCGUCUCUGGCCAACAACUUCGGCAACCCCGCCGGCGCCGGAUACGGCUACGGCAGCCACUGCUACGGCUACGGCUACGACCAGAGCUACCACGGCGAGAGCGCCUACCACGGCUACGGUGGUGGCGAUGGCGGCGGCGGUGUCUCGGUCCGGCAGAAGGAGGACACCGACGAGAUCGACGCGCUGAUGAGCACGGAGGACGGCGACGACGAGGACGACGUGCUCAGCACGGGCCGCACGCCGGGGUGCCGCGCCGGUGGCUCCCCGGAUUCCACGUGCUCAUCCGGCGGGUACGCUGGAAACAGCGGCGGCGGCCGGAAGCACGAGUCGGGCGGCAACGGUGAGAAGAAGAAGGAGCGGAUGAAGAAGAUGGUGCGGACGCUCAAGGGGAUCAUCCCCGGUGGCGACCGGAUGGACACGCCGGCCGUCCUCGACGAGGCCGUCAGGUACCUCAAGUCGCUCAAGGUGGAGGUGAAGAAGGCCGGCGCGCGUGGGUCAAGCAGCUAG